AUGAUGGGUCGGUGGUUUGUUGCUGAUUUGGGGUUUUGUGGAGGAUUUGAGGGUAAAGAUUGGGGCUUUUUUGGGAUAAAAUCUCUGUUGGGUGUGGUUUCAAUUGGUUCGUUGUUGCUUCAAUCUUUAGUGGUUUUAGGGGUAUUUGCUGGUUUUGCAGAUUUCAGUGGUGGACUGGUAUUGAAUCAUUUACAUAAGAUGAGUUCAAGCAUCACAGAAGGUGUGGUAAAUCAGGCCAAGCUUGUAGUUCAUAUAGCAGAAAAUGGCCAUUCAUUUGUGCUUGAUUGUGAUGAAACAACGCCUGUGGAGGCGGUUAUGCGGUAUAUUGAAUCAGUUUCUUUGAUUAACUUCAAUGACCAGCUUGUUCUGUGUUUGGAAAAGAAACUUGAACCUCAGCGGCCUCUUUCUGCUUAUAAGCUUCCAUCUAGUGAUGGAGAAGUGUUUAUAUACAAUAGAGCAAGGAUGCAAACCAAUGCCCUUCCCCCUCCACUUGAACAAAUUGAUGUCGUGGAAACUGCGGACCCGCCACCACCAGCUUCAUUGCAUAACCCCCAUCCUUUAGAUGAUGCUCCGGACCCAGCUUUGAAGGCCUUGCCUUCUUAUGAGAGACAAUUUAGGUACCAUUACCAUAGGGGUCAUGCAAUUUAUAGUAGAACCCAAGUAAAGCACCAGCAUUGCCAGAGGUUAUUGAAGGAGCAAAAGGUUCAGGAGAGGGCGAUGGAGGUUGCUAGGAUUAAUGUGCAACAAUUCUAUAGAGCAAUUCUUCAGAAUUACUCAGAUUUCAUGAAGCGUUAUACACAACAACACAGGAUAAAUUCAGAUCUUUUAACGAAUUUUGAGAGAGACUUAGAGAAACUGAGGUCGAUCAAGCUUCAUCCAGCUGUGCAGUCUGAUUCGCGCAAAAGCUUAGCCGAUUUUGUGAAGGAAGAUAACUUGAGGAAGGCUGUGGAGAAUUGUAGCAAUUCACAUAGGCAGUUUGAGAAGAAGGUUUUGGAGUUCAAGCAAAAGUUUAGUGAUGCAAAGCGCAAGGUGGAAGAAUUAUUUUCUUGUGGAGCUUCAUCAUCUAUUCGGAAUCUAGAGCUUACCUUCAAGGAGCAUCAACGAUUCAUCAAUGACCAGAAAAGCAUAAUGCAGUCUUUGAGCAAAGACGUAAGCACGGUAAAGAAACUUGUGGAUGACUGUCUGUCAAGCCAGUUAUCCUCCUCAAUUCGUCCUCAUGAUGCUGUUUCAGCCCUGGGUCCUAUGUAUGAUGUCCAUGACCAGGAUCAUUUGCCCAGGAUGCUGGCUUGUGGUCAUUCAAUUUCCAGGCUGCUUGAUUUUUGCAAGGAUAAGAAGAAUGAGUUGAACGUCUUUGUGCAUGAUUACCUACAAAAGAUAGCCUAUGUUACUUUCCUCAUGAAAGAUGUGAAGUUACAGUUUCCUGUUUUUAGAGAGGCAAUGUUGCGUCAGGAUGAUGUAUUUAGGGACCUAAAACUAUUCCGUGGGAUUGGUCCUGCAUAUAGAACCUGCCUUGCUGAAGUAGUGAGAAGAAAGGCUUCAAUGAAACUUUACAUGGGCAUGGCUGGACAACUGGCUGAGCAGCUUGCAACAAGGAGGGAGGUUGAGAUUAGGAGACGGGAGGAGUUUCUGAAAGCAAACAGUUCAUAUAUACCUAGAGAUAUAUUAGCAUCAAUGGGGUUAUAUGAUACUCCUAAUCAGUGUGAUGUGCAUAUAGCUCCAUUUGACACUAAUUUGCUUGAUAUUGACAUCUCAGACGUGGACCGUUAUGCUCCUGAUUAUUUGGCUGGACUUCCUGCGAAAGGUGAUAAGACUCCAAACUUGAAAGGUUCGUGUUCAAUGUCUAAUGACAGUUCUCACUCAGCCGAGAUGGAAGAAAUUGGUGAGGAAGCACUUGAGAAAGAUGGCUCUGAGCAGCCCCUUGAGAGCUGUGAGUUGUUAGAGAUUGCUGGAACUAGCAAGACGGAAGUCGAGAAUGCAAAACUGAAAGCUGAACUAGCUUCUGCAAUAGCCCUGAUAUGUUCCCUUUGCCCAGAAAUUGAAUAUGAGUCGAUGGAUGAUAGUACUGUGGAUAGUCUAUUGAAGAAUGCAGAUAAGACAACUGAAGCCUUGCGGCUGAAAGAUGAAUAUGAAAAGCAUCUUCAAUCUUUGCUUAAGGAAAAGCAAAUGCAGUGCAUGUCAUAUGAAAAACGCAUUCAAGAACUAGAGCAGAGAUUGUCUGACCAGUAUUUGCAGGGGCAGAAACUUUCAAAUAGUAAAGAUGCAUCUGACUUUGCUCUUUUAGCUGCAAAGACUGAAGACUGUAAACCAGAAAUCUCCAGUGGCGGUGAAACACACAUGCCUUAUUCUUUGACCUCAGAACCCAUGGACGAGGUUUCUUGCAUUUCUAAUUCUUUGAAUGCCAAACUGGGGCUUUUCACAAGGCAACCAAGCAAAGGUAGAGAAGGGUUUGAUGAAAAUAUGAUGGACUCCUCUGGGAUGUUGAAUACUCAGCUGGAUUCAUCAAUGGUGGAGCCACAUCGUGAAGAGCUGCAAGUUUGUGGUAAAGAUGGGAAGGAUAAGAUGGUGGGACAACUGGGCAUUUCACUGACAAACAGUUCCACAGCUGAGAGUAUGCCUGAGCCUCUCCAUGUCUCACCUUCUGAUGCAGAUACUGAGCCUAAAGUCAGUGGUGACCGUGACAUUGUGUUAGAAUUGCAAACUGCACUUGCAGAAAAUUCAAACCAACUGAGUGAAACUGAAACGAAGCUCAAAGCUGCUCUAGAUGAGGUUGCCAUGCUUACUAGUGAGUUAGAAAUGAGUCGGAAGCUCCUCGAUGAAUCUCAGAUGAAUUGUGCUCACUUGGAGAACUGCUUGCAUGAAGCAAGAGAGGAAGCUCAAACCCAUCUUUGUGCAGCUGAUCGGAGGGCCUCAGAAUAUAAUAAACUGCGUGCUUCUGCUGUGAAACUCCGUGGUCUUUUUGAAAGACUUAGGAGCUGUGUAUAUGCUCUGGGUGGAGUUGCUGAUUUUGCUGAUUCUUUGCGUGCUUUAGCUCAAUCUUUGGCCAGUUCCAGCAAUGAGAAUGAGGAUGAGGGUGCUGCUGAGUUCCAGAAAUGCAUACGAGUCCUCGCAGAUAAAGUUGGCUUCUUGUCCACACCCAGUGCAGAGCUGCUUGACAAGUACCCAAAGCUUGAAGCUGCAAAUGAACAGCUUGGAAAAGAAUUGGAAGAGAAGAAAGAGCUGGUUGCCACCCUAUACAAAAAGCAUCAACUUGAGAAGCAGGCAAACAAGGAAAGGAUAUCUUUUAGCCGAUUGGAAGUCCAUGAGAUUGCUGCAUUUGUUCUCAACUCAGCUGGACAUUACGAGGCUAUUAACCGGAACUCCUCUAAUUAUUUUCUGUCUGCUGAAUCUGUGGCCCUGUUCACAGACCAUCUCCCAAGCCAACCCAGGUACAUUGUUGGGCAGAUUGUGCAUAUUGAACGCCAAGCCGUAAAGUCAUUGCUUCCUACCUCAACAAGGCCUGACCAUGGCAGGGCAGAUCAAGCGGAUCUUCUGAUCACUGACCAAGGGACUGACCGGAUGAACUUCAAUUUGGGAUCGACUUCCAACCCAUACAAUCUUCCUAUCGGGUGUGAAUACUUUGUAGUGACAGUAGCCAUGUUACCUGAUACAGCCAUUCAUUCAGCGCCUCCUUCCUGA